UCCCACAGGAGGGAGGCGGAGGCGCCGGCCGACGCGGGCGGAGGGAGCGGCUAGAGGCACAGCGAAGUUUUGCAACUUGAACCUUCGCCCCAGCCGAGCGAGCGAGCGAGCGAGAGAGCUUAGCGGCUCGCCGCUGCCCCGGCCACGCUCUCAGCGGACCUGCUACGCGAUGGGGCUCCGGACCGCGGCGGCGGCGCUGCUGCUGCUGCUGCUGGAGCUGGCCGCGUGCGAAGAGCCGGUGCCGCGCCUGAGCCUGCGCUACGGCUCUCCACACCGACGGCUGAGCCACUUUGAAAUGCCCGGAAUCACCAACUACACCACAAUGAUGCUCAGCCCAGAUGGCGGCCUCUUGUAUGUGGGGGCCCGUGAGACGCUCCUUGCCCUCAACACCAGCUCCUUCUCCCCUGGGCCACAGCACCGGAAUCUGCUGUGGGGUGCUGAGGAGGAGAAGAAGCGGCAGUGCAUCUUCAAAGGCAAGGAUGCCCAGAGAGACUGCCACAACUACAUCAAGAUUCUGCUGCAGCUGAAUGACACCCACCUGUACACCUGCGGGACCAGCGCCUUCAGUCCCACCUGCACCUACAUUAACAUUCCAGACUUCAGCUUGAAGCGAGAGGUUUCUGGGAAGCUGCUCUUGGAGGAGGGCAAGGGACGCUGUCCCUUUGAUCCUGAGUACAAGUCCACAGCCAUCAUUGUUGAUGGCGAACUGUACACCGGGACAGUAAGCAACUUCCAGGGCAAUGAGCCAACCAUCUUCCGAAGUCACGGCAGCCGUCCAGCCAUCAAGACAGAAAACUCCCUCAACUGGCUGCAAGACCCGUUCUUUGUGGGUUCGGCCUACCUGCGUGAGAGCCUCCCACCCAGCAGCCCCCAGAGAGACGAUGACAAGAUCUACUUCUUCUUCAGUGAAAGUGGCAAGGAGUUUGACUUCUUUCAGAACGUCGUUGUGUCACGCAUUGCACGCGUGUGCAAGGGUGAUGUGGGGGGAGAGCGUGUGCUCCAGCGGCGGUGGACGACCUUCCUGAAGGCCCAGCUGCUGUGCUCCCACCCAGAGGAUGGCUUCCCCUUCAAUGUGCUGCAGGACAUGUUUGUGUUGACCCCAGGCGAGGCCGGGCGGGAGACGGUCUUCUACGGGGUCUUCACCUCUCAGUGGGAUAGGAAGGGCGCUGGGGGUGCUGCAGUAUGUGCAUUCUCUCUCUCGGAUGUGAAGGAAGCCUUCAAUGGGCUCUACAAAGAAGUCAACCGGGAGACACAGCAGUGGUACACGGACACCCGCCCUGUGCCAGAGCCCCGGCCAGGAGCAUGCGUCAGCAGCCACAUGCAGCAGACGAAGAUCGCCUCUUCGCUCCAGAUGCCGGACCGGGUGCUCAACUACCUCAAGGACCACUUUCUGAUGAGCAGUGCGGUACGGAGCCAGGCACUCCUCUGGCAGGGCCGCACCCGCUACCAGCAACUCAGUGUGCAGCAUGUCCAGGGUUUGCACCAGGCCUACGACGUCUUGUUCUUGGGCACAGAUGACGGCUGGCUGCACAAGGCUGUGAUCGCAAGGCGGCAGGUCCAGAUCAUUGAGGAGAUCCAGCUCUUCCCUGCCAGGCAGCCUGUCCUGGAGCUGCUGCUGGACCCCACCCAGGGUCUCCUCUACGCUGCCUCCUACACUGCGCUGGUGCAAGUGCCGGUCGCCAACUGCAGCCUGUACCAGAGCUGUGGAGAGUGCAUCCUGUCUCGGGACCCAUACUGCGCCUGGAGUGGAGACGCCUGCCUGACCUCUGCCCUGAGCCACAUGAGCCCGGCCCGUGCCACGCUCUGGCUCCAGGAUGUCGAUGCGGGCGACGCACUGCGGUUGUGUCGGACCAGCCACGUGGAGCUCAGCCACUCAAGAGUGGAUGAGGCCCAAUGCCAGCUUGUGGUGCUGCACCCCAAUGCCAUGAAGCCGCUGCCCUGCCCACGGCUUUCCAACAUGGCCUCCCAACGCUGGGUGCGCAACGGAGCCGCCCUCAAUGCCUCUUUCCUUGUGCUGCCGGAAGGGGAGGUGGUGUUGGUGGGCAGCCCGGACCAAGCCGGGCACUACGAGUGCUGGUCUCAGGAAGGCCACUUCCAGCAGCGGAUGGCCAGCUACUGUGUGAGAGUGGAGCCGACACCGCCGGCCUGGCUCACGGCGGUCCAGGACCCGCUCGAGACCAUCAGCACGUCCAGGAGCACCUCGCCUGGGGCAGCCAGUGGCCUUUCUGCACUGCUGGAGGGCAAGACUUAUUGGACCGAGUUCCUGGCUGUGUGCGUGCUCUUUGGCAUCGCCACAACUCUGCUGACCCUGUUCCUCUUGCACCGGCACCGUGAUGCGCUGAAGGCCGUCCUCGAGCGGAGCCGAUGCCCCCGCCCCCAAAAGGCACGGAAGGCCGGGCUGCCAGCAGAGAGCCUCCCCCUCAACGGCAUGCCCAGCGCCCUGCCGGACCACAAGGGCUACCAGGCACUCAAGGACAGCCCUCUGCAGGACGCCCCAGCCCACCCCAGCGUGGCCUUGUCGGAGUCCAGCCGGCGACCGCUCAGCCUUCACGACAGCAUCGUGGAGGUCUCGGCUCCUUCCCAGCGGCCCCGCGUGCGGCUCGGCUCCGAGAUCCGGGACUCGGUUGUAUGAAGAGCUAGUAGAGCCCAUUGUGCCAACAGACCCUGCUGUGCUGAGCCUUCCUCGGAACCGGGCUUGGGGUUCCCAGUGCCUCCCAUCAUUAGGACGGUCUCAGAUGGCAGUGCCCAAGCCUGCAAUAUGGAGGAGUCUGGUCAGGAGCUCUGCCUCUGGGCUACAGAUGUGCACAAGGGCAGGUCCCACAGGGUGAAGAGUGGGCAUCCUUUCCCUUGGAGGAGGAGGGGAUCUCCGGCGGUGUGGCUGGGCCCAGCCGGGUAGAAGACCCCAUCCCCACCCCACCCCGGAAGAGGCUGUACUUCCAGCUUGGAGGAGCCCAGUGGAGCAGGAGAGCUGGGAAGGCCGCACAUGGCCUCUUCAAAGUCCACGGGCCAGGGCCACGGGCCAAAGUCCAUGGACCGGGGCUCCCACUUCCUUAGGCUGUCCAGUUAGUUACUGCACCUUCUUUCUAGGAGAACACCUGUAUGCCAAGGCACGACACACAUGCAGGUUGGGUGUGGGUGUGGAAGGAAAGUCUUUUGUUGGGGAUAUU